AUGCACCCUACUGAUAUUGUGUGUGCUCUCCUCGCCUCAUCCCUGCUGGGAUUUGCAUCGGCGACUCCGCCGAACUUGAACCUCUUUGCCUACGGUAAUUCGGGGUCAUUGCUUGGCACGUCUUUCGGCAUUUCUGGCGCGAAUGCGACUUUCGACUAUGUGGUCGUUGGCGGAGGCAAUGCCGGGCUCACAAUUGCAAGUCGUUUGGCAGAGAAUCAAACCGUGAGCGUUGCAGUUAUUGAGGCGGGCGGCUUCUAUGAAACCGACAAUGGCAAUUACUCCACAGUUCCUGGAUAUUCCAGCCAUUACACAGGCUCAGACCCAACAGACUACCAGCCGCUCAUCGACUGGGGCUUCAGUACGCAGCCCCAGCCUGGAUCGGGAGGCCGGGUCUUGCAUUAUGCCCGAGGCAAGACUUUAGGAGGUUCCUCGGCUAGGAACUACAUGCUCUAUCAACGGCCGACGAUUGACAGCAUGCAGCGCUGGGCCGAUGAGGUAGAUGACCAGAGCUACACAUUCGAGCGCUUAUUGCCGUACUUCAAAAAGUCUGUUCACUAUACUCCUCCCAACCAGGCGUUAUACGGCAAUUCCACGAACAGCCAGACUCCAGAUGCAUUCAGUCCUACAGGAGGGCCCCUAGAGGUCUCCUUUAGCAAUGCUGUGCAUGCAUUUGGAACAUGGUGCCAGAAGGCAUUUCUCGCCCUUGGUAUGAAGCAGAUUGAUGGAUUCAACAGCGGUGGACUGCUUGGCUCUGCCUUUGUGACCUAUACCAUCGACCCGCGAAAUGCACAUCGCUCCAGCUCCGAGUCCAGCUUCCUUCAGACCGUGCUGAGCAAAGGUGUCGGACCCACAGUGUAUAAGAAUACCAUGGCGCAAAAGAUCUUAUUUGACCGCGAUGAUAAGCACGCAACAGGGGUCCAAGUAUCGACUGGAGGCACCUUUGGCACUCGAUCGGUCAACUUUACACUCCAUGCUCGCACCGAAGUCAUUAUAUCAGCCGGUGCCUUUCAGUCUCCUCAGCUACUGAUGGUUUCGGGCAUUGGACCAUGCGACCAUCUGCGUAGCUUUAACAUUCCCUGUAUCAAGAACCUCCCAGGCGUGGGCCAGAACAUGCAAGACCACCCAACAUUUCCGAUUUCACACCGCGUGAAUGUUCUCACAACUUCAGCCUCAGCCAGCAACGCAACUAUCGCAGCACUUAAUGUGAAGCAAUAUACAGAAAAUGCCACAGGGCCUCUUUCUAUAUUUGGGCCAGGCUACUAUAGUUGGGAGAAAUUGCCUGACCCAUUCCGCUCAAACCUGACUCGCGAAUCUCGUCUCGCCUUAUCAAGUUUCCCACCUGACUGGCCGGAACUAGAAUGGUUACCCGUCAGUGCAUUCAACGGUUAUAAUCUCAACAAAGUCACAGCCGAUCCAAAGGAUGGACAUCAGUAUGCAACCCUCAGUGGAGCAUUGAUUGCUCCUCUAUCUCGAGGCUCAGUCCGUCUCGCCGGCCCUAGCAUGAACACUCCACCCUUGAUCGACCCGCAAUGGUUUACAGAUCCAACCGAUGUAGACCUUGCUAUUCAGGGUUUCAAGCGGCAACGGCAAAUUUGGGCGGAAUUGGCUAAGCUAGGCGUGGCUGAGCAUGAGGAGUAUUUCCCAGGCUUUAAUGUUUCUACUGAUGCUCAGAUCCUCGAGUUCAUCCAUCAGAGUAUGAUUACUGUUUACCAUGCGUCAGCAACAUGCAAGAUGGGACGCAAGAAUGACACGAUGGCUGUGGUUGACAGCCAUGCCAAUGUGUAUGGUGUGCGGGGGCUGAAAGUUGUCGAUGCCAGUAGUUUCCCAUUUCUGCCGCCAGGUCAUCCCCAAUCUAUUGUGUAUGCAUUUGCUGAGAAGAUUGCGGAUGAGAUAUUGGGCUUUGUCGGAUGA